UCCUGUGACGUUAGGAAAACGUCACGUGCCCCAUGGAACGUUCGUCACAUGACCAGCUGCUCUUCCCCCUUCCUUCAACCGAGAGGGAGAGAACCUCUUCCUCCUUCAAUAGAAAUAGGUGUUCCGACAAAAACACAAAUUAAAUAGCCAAAUAAAACAUUAGCGUGAAAACCGUGUGUCACACAGAGAAACAUGAACGGACACGCCAUCCUCUACACCGGGGUCACUUUGGCUUUCUGGACUACCAUUCUCAUCGUCGGCACAUGUUAUACAAUAUUUGAUCUUGGAUUUCGAUUUGAUGUGGGCUGGUUCCUGACAGAGACCUCACCAUUCAUGUGGGCAAAUCUGGGGAUCAGUUUGGCUAUUUCUUUGUCUGUGGUUGGUGCUGCAUGGGGUAUUUACAUCACAGGCUCCAGCAUCCUUGGUGGUGGUGUGAAAGCACCCAGGAUUAAAACGAAAAACCUUGUCAGCAUCAUUUUCUGUGAAGCUGUCGCCAUCUAUGGGAUUAUUAUGGCAAUUGUCAUUAGUAACAUGGCUGAGAAUUUCAGUGGCACCACCCCUGAGACGAUUGGAGCAAGGAACUACCAAGCAGGUUAUUCCAUGUUUGGUGCUGGUCUAACCGUGGGCUUCUCCAACCUGUUCUGUGGUAUCUGUGUUGGCAUUGUUGGAAGUGGAGCUGCGCUUGCUGAUGCACAGAACGGCAGCCUUUUUGUAAAGAUCCUUAUUGUGGAAAUCUUUGGAAGCGCCAUUGGAUUGUUCGGAGUCAUUGUUGCUAUCUUACAGACAUCAAAGGUAAAGAUGGGUGACUAAAAGAUGUGACAAGGCCAUACAAUUCACAAGACUUCCAGAAGAAGACAAUUCUGAGGACGAGACACAGAUGAAUUGUAUAUAGUAAUUUAUUUAAAUGUUGUUUUUUUUCCUGACAUGUUUGACAUUUAACCCAUCAUUCUCUGAAGAGUGACUUUUGUGACUUAAAACCAUUGAUGGUGACGUAAAAUAUUUGCACCCAGUUGUCCUUAAAUAAAUGUAACUUUAGUUUAAAAGAAGUAGUGAGCUUGUCUUUAAGAUUAUUCCCCUUAAAUCUGAAAAUUAGGUGGUGGUGACAGGCCAGAAAAGAAAUUCUUAAUGGUUUAAGAUCAACUAACUAAUGCAUAUUUUUGUAAAUUGUAUGGUUUUGUUGUUAAAUGGGGCAAAAUUAAUGUCAUGCUGUUCUAUAGACUUUUUUAUCAUUGUAAAGUUAACAUUUAUUUAAAAAGCUCCUCUACCUGUACAAAUCUCUCUGCCUUUAUAACUCCACAAGAGUAACAACUGGAUGGAAUGCUUUAGAGGUCUCUAAAAUAUGGAUAGCUUCUAAAUGUGUUAAAGAUGUCAAGUCUACCUGACAGGUAGACUCAUGUCUGCUCACAGGUACAGAUGACUAUAUGACUUAAUGGAUUCCGUUGGUUGACAGUUAAUUUCUAACAGUGACCACACAGACAUCUCAUGUUACUGCAGUCUAAAGGGUGUUAGCAGUAUAAACUAGAUUUCAAAUUCAGAGGAGGAAAAAGUCUGGGGUUUUAAUUAAUUUCAAAAUCCAGACAAUCCUCACUGGUUGAGAUUCAAUAAGCAAACAAUAUGUUCUUGUGCUCAGUCUAGUCACAAGGGAUUAAGGCAUAAUGGUGGACUCCAUACUCAUUCUGUGUAUUUUAAUGAAAAAAAUGGCAUAUGUACAGUUGAUCUUAACCACCAUUUGUGUUUUAAAUACUAUGUGCUUUGUGUCAGAUCAAGAAAUAAUUAAAAGCUUGUGCAAACUGUGAA